AUGUCUCUCCCUCUGCGAACCCGCCCCUGCAACGGUGAGCCCAGUGCUCAGCGAGACCUCACCUCGCACCUCCUCCAACUGCCAGUCGAGCUGGUAGUUGCCAUCGCCUCCCAGGUUCCUCGGCACAGCCAGAUCCUGGCCUCGCAGUCUUGUCGCGCGCUGCGAAACGUCCUCUGCGACAGUCUGCUCCCCGGGGACGACCGUCUCCCGGAGAACCUCCCGAGGCGGGAACAGGUCGAGUUCCUCCUCCACCUGUCGCGAGGCAGCCCCGGCGAAUGGGUCUGCGAGGAAUGCAUGGAGCUGCACCAGGCCUUCAUGCACGACACGCCGGCCAAGCCCAUGUCCGAGGCCUACCUCCCGUGCUUCUUCCCAGGAUUUUUUGGUCAGGGACAAGACCUCAACAUCCACGACAUCUAUGGCUUCAAGAUGAACCAUAGACAUGUCCAGCUGGCGCUGAAGCACGCCCGCCUCGCCGCCACCGAGUCUCUGGACACGACAUACCUCCAGAGACUCCUCCAGCCGCACCACAAGCGGAUCCGCUCGCGGUACACCCGCAAGCACCUUGUCGACGCCAAGUAUUCGGCGUUUCUCAAGGUUGUCGACGGGAGAUUCGUCGUCAAGACGACCUUCGACUUCCGGGAAGGUUACGACAAGGUGCACCGGAAGUACCUUGGAACCGUCGCGCUGUGUGGGCACCAGAUCGCACAGGCCUGCGACGCCCAGGUCGCGCCAGGGCCCUCGUCGUCCGGCUCCAGCGACGACUCGCAUCCGCUGUGGGCGCUCAAGACCGCGGUCAGCGCCGCUUACCAGUCGCCGGGCGAGGAAGUCUCCGGCCGGUGCGAGUUCUGCGGCACCGACUUUGCCGUCAAGGCAUCUCCAGAGCGCGUCACUAUGACCGCCUGGAAGGACUUUGGCCCAGAGGGAACGUCAUACGAUCCCUACUGGCGCUCGCAUGCGAGCAGGGUGUUCAGCACGAGGACCGCCUGCCGCAUGGCCGGGAGCAUCCGGGAGCUGUACGGCGAGGGCACAGCUUAA